ACCUAUCAAGCCUCGAGACAUUCACCUCCGGCUUUCAACUCAGGAUUGGCUGGGGAUAGGGUUUGGGUUUUUCGGGGGCCAACGCAACCGCGAGGCGACUAUUCAAUUUUAGACAUUUGACGUCUCGAGUUGCUGGCGAGGCUCAGCCCAAAAAGGCGUUGGCAGGUGCAGCGAGUGCAGUGGAAACUUGCGGCACGCAUAUGUGGCACAAGGAAGCACCAAGAAAGUCGGGAGGAUGAGGAUGCCUGGGUUUAAAGAUAGCACCUGGGUGGUGGCAUUGGGAGGAUUAGAAAGUUAUGACAGCCCGGGGCAGAGGCAGAAAGCUCGAAGGAUUAGGGCCACUCCAGGCGGCUCAGUGGCAUUAGAAGAACCUAGAUUUUUGCCAGAGAAAGACGCAUCAGCGGAAAAGAGCCAUCAUGUUGGGAAUAGCCUGCGAUCCGCUCCAGCAUACGAGCAUGUACGAGCGCGGCUCAGAUGAUAGCGAAGACAGCGAUGGAGAAGGUGGUCUGGGCAACGUUUCCCGCGUGAUUAUCCGUCCGCCGGGUCAAAGUGGCAAGGCCAAGAGGGGUCACCUCUGUUUCGAUGCUGCCUUCGAGACGGGUAACCUCGGAAAAGCGGAGCUGGUGGGCGAAUUCGAGUACGAUUUGUUCCUUCGGCCGGAUACCUGCAAUCCGCGCUUUCGCUUCUGGUUCAACUUCACGGUGGACAAUGUGAAGCAGGAUCAGCGAGUGCUCUUCCACAUUGUGAACAUCAGCAAGAGCCGGAAUCUCUUCUCCUCGGGACUGACGCCUUUGGUCAAGAGUUCCAGUCGACCCAAAUGGCAGAGGCUGUCCAAGCGUCAGGUGUUCUUCUACCGAUCGGCGAUGCACCAGGGUCAUUAUGUCCUCAGUUUCGCCUUUAUUUUCGACAAGGAGGAGGAUGUCUACCAGUUUGCCCUGGCCUGGCCAUAUAGCUACUCCCGUUUGCAGUCGUAUUUGAAUGUGAUUGAUGCAAGGCAGGGAGCGGAUAAGCGGUUCACGCGAUGUGUCCUCAUCAAGUCGUUGCAAAAUCGCAAUGUGGACCUGCUGACCAUCGACCAUGUGACCGCCAAACAACGCUCUACGAAUCGCCUGGAUCGCAGCUUCAUCCGUGUGAUUGUGAUCCUCUGCAGAACGCAUUCCAGCGAAGCUCCAGCCUCUCAUGUUUGCCAGGGUCUCAUCGAAUUCCUCGUGGGCAAUCAUCCCAUCGCCGGCGUUCUGCGGGAUAACUUUGUCUUUAAGAUUGUGCCGAUGGUGAAUCCGGAUGGGGUGUUCCUGGGCAACAAUCGCUGCAAUCUGAUGGGCCAGGACAUGAAUCGCAAUUGGCACAUUGGAUCGGAGUUUACGCAGCCAGAAUUGCAUGCGGUGAAGGGCAUGCUGAAGGAGUUGGAUAAUUCAGAUGUGAGUAGAAUGUUUAUAGGGGAUCCACAAUCUCUCCAUCUAAAACAUCCUUUUCAGACCUAUCAGAUUGACUUUGUGAUCGAUCUGCACGCCAAUAGCAGCAUGCAUGGUUGUUUUAUCUACGGAAACACCUACGAGGAUGUCUACAGAUACGAGAGGCACCUGGUUUUCCCUCGGCUCUUCGCCAGCAAUGCUCCGGAUUAUGUGGCGGAUCACACGAUGUUCAAUGCGGAUGAGAGGAAGGCGGGCAGCAUGCGGAGAUUCAGUUGCGAGAGACUCAGUGAUACGGUGAAUGCCUACACUCUGGAGGUCUCGAUGGCGGGUCACUACCUCAAGGAUGGCAAGACCAUCUCGCUGUACAACGAAGAUGGAUAUUACCGGGUGGGCAGAAACUUGGCCAGAACCCUUCUACAAUACUAUAGAUUUAUCAACAUCCUGCCCAUGCCGAUCAUCACAGAGGUUCGGGGCAAAAGGCGGGGGCGAAACCGCCAUGCCCACCACUCAAGAUCCCGUUCGAAGACCCGCUACGAGGUGAAGCCCCGACCCAAGACCCCCAGAUGCCACGCCCCCAUUGCCUACACCAAUCUCAGUAUAUGCUAUGAUUCGGGAGGAGGUGGAUCCUCGGACGAGGGUGGCUUCUCACCCACUCGUCCCUUGGCCCCCGGAAGCAGUUGCUUCAGUGGCUAUCGAAAUUACCGGAGGGCGGCAACCGCAAGUUGCUCUCAACACACCGGAAACGAUCAGUAUUCCCCCUUCGCAUUGGGAGCCCUGAAAACGGGCAGUGAUCAUGGCGGAGGAGUUGUGGGUGGUGGUUCCAAGGGCAAGAGAUCGGCGGGGGUCACCAUAGAAGUUCCUUUGCCCGUCAAUGUGCCGCCCAAACCAUAUCUAUCCAUCAUCGAUUUGAAUCAACUGACCCGGGGCAGUCUCAAACUAAAGUCCAAUAGCUUUGAUGCCGCAGACAGGAGAUAGGAUCGAUGAUAUAAUGAUAUAAUAUGGAAAGGAUCCGAGCAGAGUAAUGGGUUGUUCUAGAUAUAAUCAAGUCUUUUCUACGCUUCUUGCUUGUUUUUCUAAAUAAAAAGUUAUCUAUGAAUCCAAAAUAUUAAUCGCAUUUAUUACUAACAAUAUUUUAUUUUA